AUGGCCCUGAUUGAGGCUUCUGCUCCUCUCCCGCCCGCAGGGUUGGAAGAGCUAUUCCCUGAGAUUCACCACCAAGCGCUGGUGAAUGGCUUGGACAAGAAUGAGCAAGACGAGCCUAUCGUGUCUGAGGUGGAGCUCUUCGGUCUGUCUGAUGGUGCGCUGGGUGGUCAGGACUUUCUCAACUUAGAGGCCCCUUUGGAAUCUUUCGCUAAGGAACCUGAGCUUGGUCAAAUUCGGUCUUCCCCACUGCCACAAGUCCAACCAGUGAUCCAACUAUCGAGCCCCGACACAUUAGGUCUCUCAUCCCAGACUCUGUCUAUGUCCCCGAAGACAGUGACGUCCAACCCCUUAUCAGAAUCGCCCAAGACUGUCGCCUCCAAGACACUGUCACCCGUUGAGAGUCCUACGACCACACCCAUCCAGCAAGUUCAGUUUCUUCAGUACGAUCCUGCUAGGCCCAAAAAGAAGAUCCCAAAGGCAGCCCGUCCUCACAAUGGGAGACCUCCGACCACAGAGAGAAAGCCACGUUCUGUGACCAAAAGAAAGAACGUGCUGCUGGAGAAUGAAGUACGACCCAACCUUCUCAAAUAA